UCAGAAACGGUAUCAUGGGCUAUGGAGGUGCUCUGGCAUUAGUAAAUGGCUUGCCUUUUGAAUGGACGUUAAGCAGUCAAUCCUCGUACCAGAUGGAUACAUGGAAAUGGCCGAAUGUUGCUGCGGGGAAGGUGGCUAGGGUCUACGUAGAAUUUGGAAUAAAGUGGUUUGUAGAGGACGAUGCCUGUGAAGCAUACUACGACAUUGCUGGAGCCCCGGACAAAUUUUCGAUACUCGGAAAGAAGCCCAAGGAUUAUGAGCCCACCAUCUCAUCAACCGACAUGGCGACGAGGCAGAGUCCCAAAGGCUCAAAGGUUGAUUUGGGCUUCCGUCAUGAUGCAGCUAUUUACUGCAUCAUGGCGACAUACGAAGCCGGGCAGUGGUGGUCGAACAGCGGUAGCCAUGACGCUGUUAUGGGAACAUUCAGCCCUGGGACCGUUGGAGCGCAUUUCGCCAACACUCAGACUCAGAAUUUGGACUUUAAAGGCCAGCUUAUGGCUGGGUCUCGCUACUUUGAUCUUCGACCAUUGAAGGUGGGAGAAGACGAUGUUCGGGUUGGUGGUAAUGGACAGUCGGUGGACGACAUCAUCAAACAUGUCAACGACUUCACCGGUAAGUUCCAGGAACUAGUCAUCAACCUCAGCCACACCCUCGACACAGACAACGAUUACAAGGGCUUGAACCAGGGUCAGUGCAACUCGCUUUUCGAAAAGCUUAAAGGUAUCAACAACCGCUACACAGUCGACUAUUCAGGAGAUACCGGCUUCUCCGCCAAAGUUCUUGGCGACUUUCUCACCGACCGCGUAUCCGUUUUCGUAGUCGCCCAAUUCCCGUCAGGAAUUAAACUCGGUGACUACGCAAAACAAGGCUUCUUCGCCAGCAACAACUUCCCCUUCUACGACUCCUACAGCAACAGCAACGACCUAACCUCCAUGAAAGACGACCAAGUCAAGAGGCUUAAAGACGAGCGCAACAUCGCUUCAGAUCCUGCAUGCCUAAAAGACAAAAUCCACAUCCUAUCCUGGACACCCACCCAACAACGCGAGGACGUCCUGAAUCUCGACCGAGCGAUCCUGAACCCGAACGCAGCGGUGUCCGAUGAUCUGGUGGAGAAGGCGUGGAAUGCGUUUACGCCUAUAACUUCCCGAAUGGACAAGAGCGUGGUGUUUCCGUUCGACAAGUCGAGGCAUGUACCGGUGAAUAAUGAUAUUGCGGCUUUGGCAAUUGCGGUGAAUUGGCGGGGAGGAAUAAAGUGGUUACUGGGAGGUGAUGGGUGGUGA